CGAGGCGCCGCCGCCACCGCCUCUACCGCCGCGACGACCACCGCCACCACGGACGACAAGCCGUCCGCCGACGCCGCCGACGCCGCUGACGCCGCCGACGCCGCCACCGUCACUGCCGACGAAGUCGCCGCCGAAGCCGUCGCCGUCACCAUGCAGGCCAGCGGGACCGCCACGGGCGCCGGCGCCAAGAAGAAGUCCAGGUUCCCGCAGUACGCGGCAGCCGUUAUAGUGAACGUGUUGUACAUCUCAUACAGCCUGGCAGACACCUCGCGGUUCGAAGUUGCGCAAUCGUUGAAGAAUUACACCGACCUCAAUGAUGAAGAAAAGGCGGAAGCUAUGCAGAAAGACAUGGGAUUGACCUUCUGCAUAGCUGGCUUGCUGUCUUUUCCCGUGUACGGACUCAUGUUCGAAAAGUUUAGCCGCAAAAUUUGCGCGUACGUCAUCGGCGUUACCUACAUCAUCAACUCCAUUCUCCUGUUGUGCGCAAAUUCAUAUGAACUGUUUCACGUGGCACAAUUUUUCUUAGCCAUCAGCGCCGCUGGAACAACGAUUAUCUCCCCCAUCUACAUCAGUGAAAUCGCUCAGGACGAUAUCAGAGGAGCACUACAAGCGAUCAACGUUCUUAUGUACAACAUAGGUUUCCUCCUCGCCACUUUCGUCGUCCACUUUUUCCCUAAGUACUCUCUGUCGUGGGUAACGUUUGUUCCUACGGCCAUCGUGUUCCUCUGCUUUCACUUUUGGCUUCCGGAAACUCCCAUCUACUUCCUGCGGCGAGACGACACCGACGAAGCCGGCCGCUCUUUGCAGUGGCUGCGGGGAAGUGCGGCGGACGUGCCUCAAGAGAUCGAAAACACCAAAGCCGUGCUGAAAGCUACACGCUCCGACUCGCAAACUACCACCACCGUCUUCCAGGACUUUUUCCAAAAGCGCACCCUGGGCUAUUGCGCCGUGGUUACCGUGCUGUGUCUAACGGACCACUUCUCUGGUUUCACGGCGACAGGGUUCGAACUGGAGGCUCUUCUGAAAACGCUCAACCCCAACCACUCCAGCGCGAAUGACUUCCUUCAGUACAUCAUCUACAUGGUGGGCAACGUCAUUGUGAUCCUCAUUUGCGACCGUAAGGGGCGAAAGACGGCGCUGUUGAUUUCAACAGUUGUGUGCGCGGUAACGCUGAUAGCGAACGGAAUCUGCUACCACGUGAUACAGAACGCCGCCAACCCAGACGAGCCGAAGGCUGACGAAGGAUUCGGAGCAGCCAAAAUAUUUGCUCUCAUCUUCUCCCUCGUCCACGUUAUGAGCUACAACAUUGGUAUUGGCGUUCUGUCGGCGGUGGUCAUAGCCGAUAUCUUCCCUCCGAAAAUGCUCAACACACAACUCGCCAUCAACGGAAUCAUCUCGUGGCCUUUCACCUACGUCAUCAACGACCUCUUCUACCGGACCGUGAAGGCUGCGAUCCACGCGUCGGGGGCGUUUUGGGUGUACAGUGGCUGUUGUGCGGUCGGCGCCCUGUUCAUUUACAAAUUCCUUCCGGAGACGAAGAGUCGACCCGCAGGAUACCUCCUCAUGGACAAUCGCGACGACGUCGUUCUCGGAAGGUUUCAGUGAAAAUUUGGUUCAGAGAAAAGACGAUUAAAUGUUUUAGAGAUACUCUUCAAAAAUCAAGAGGCGUUUGUGUGAUAGAUUCUCCAAAGUAAAAGUUGUGUCAAUUAAUGGACUUUUAACAAGUAUGCCUCUUAAUAUUGCCUUUUUGGAUUGAGCUAAAUGUUUGAUGCUAAUUGCCCCAGAUCUUUCAGAUGAGCUUCAUCAUUGUAUGCUCCAUUGGGUUCACGAGAAAAUGCUUUUCUAAUGACAUGUAUAUUUUUCUAUAAAUGUAAUCUUACAGAAAAAUUGUUUUCGAUCAUAAAUAAAACCAAUAAAGAGAAAAUCCCUUCAUAUGUGCAUCCUCCAGGAUCCUAUUAGUCUCCACUACACUAAAUUUUAGACCUAGAACCGAAGAACCGAAGCAAUAAGUCUUUCAAUAGAUUUUUCGCCCACGAGAAGACACGACCGAGAGAAAUAUUGUCAUGAUACUUAAAACAUUUAAUUUAGCAAACUAUCUCCGUUUCUCGGUUGCAAGCGUAAAUUCAACGUUAGGUUUAGAAAAAAAACUCUUAAUAUUUUUAAAGCUUUUUAAUAAAAUACUAUGCAAUGGAACUUUCUGUUCUUCUUCCUUUCCAGUAUUAGGUAUGUUUGUUCCGGAUUCAUCAUCCUGUCCUCGGUCGACCAGGAUUUCGUCUGGAAGCGUUCUAAUAUUGAAGUUCGUAGUAUUUCUCCUGCCGACAUACGUAGUACCAGUUCCUUCCAUUUUCUUUUGUAAUUAUUUACAAUUUCUGCAAGAAAAUAAAUGACAUUACACAUUUAGUAUGAGUUAGAGACGCCUUUGGACAUCCAAUAUUGCUUUAAAGUCAUAAAGUGUUUUAAAGGAAAAAUGGGUAGUAAGCAUUAUAAAACCAUAAUUUAAGGAAAGGUGAAAUAUUUGCUGUGAUUUACGAUGAUGUUAUAGAAAUCUUCAAUUAAUUUACAAGGAAAAUUAGUAUAUAAAUUCAGGAAAAAUUUGACUUCGUGAAUUCAUUGCCAACAUCGUUUUUAUUUGGUAAAUUCCAAAUAAUUACAAUUUUCACAUUUAAAAAAAGUAGUAAGUUCUCAGGGUCGAUAUGUUGGUGCGAUCGAAUUAUGAAUGUACAGUUGUUAACAGGGAGCCUAUUGGAAGAAACAUCCUGGAUUUUCACAGCUCGAAACUUUUGGAAUUGAAAACCAAUCUUACUUUAAAAUACGUGAACUAUCGAACAUGGUUGAUUGGUUGGUUGUUAGUGAUUCCGGGCACGUCAACUACAAAGGUCAGUAGUCCCAUAAGCAUGUUUUUCGUUUGAAAGUGGUGGUGAUCUUAUCGAAGACACAAUUUUAGGAAUUAUUAGAAAAUUCGUAAAAUAAUCUGUAAAUUCUUGUAUGUGAAUCUUAAAACAGUAAUACGCCAUCAUCUUGUAAAAUAUUUCCAUGUAUUUUAUCUAAAACAAUUCGCCGAGUACUUGAAAACAAAAAUAUUUUACUUCUUUUCUUUAUGUCUGUUGUUACAAAGUAUUUAUUUAUUACGAUCUGAGUUCUCGGUUCUCUUCUAAUGUAACGAUUACUCCCAAC